UAAAAUUAUGUGUUUUGAGUCUUUUGACACAGAGAACCAUUUGGGUUUCAACAUCUCCGAUCAUUUGGGAGUUUUAGUUCUAAAUUCACAACUUUCGCUAUUUUCAAAGAAGAUUAAACGCAAGUGGGGUUUGUUAAAUCAUAUGCCAACAUAACUAAUUCAAUUAUUCUAACUUAUCACCCUCUAUAUAUCAAGUAUAAAGUUUAACUACUCCACAUGCAUGGUUCCCUUCAACAAAAAAAAAACUUUUUAAGUUUGACCUCAAGAUCUUUAUACAAAAUUAGAUAGGGUUUUGUUCUCCAAAUCUGGAAAGGUCUAUGUUGGUUUGGUGGAUUAGGAAGGUUAAAUGCAUGGAUCCAUAAAGAAUAUCCUUUGUGUAACGGAAUUAUAUAACACUCAAAAGGAUACCUUUAGCAAGGACAAUUGCGAUAAUGACCUUAUCACAACCACUAUAUGUCCCACAUGCAUGCAAUAUAUAUACACACUCAGUCAUUGCUCUUAACCCUCACCAAACUAUUCAUUCUUUCAUACCAAGAAACUCAAAUAGCCCUAACUUCCUGUACAAGAAACCUAAAACCCCAUCAAGAAUAGAAACAAAAUGAAGUCUGGUCAGGCUGAAAUCGCUGAAACAAGCAAAGGUAUCAAAAAGAGAGGUUUGAUGAGCAGAAAAAUUGCGAUUUUCGAGUUUAUCCUAAGGAUCAUCGCUUUUUUUAACACCAUAAGUAGUGCAAUCCUCAUGGCAACCACAAAUGAAACUCUGCCUUUCUUUACUCAGUUCAUACGGUUCCAUGCAGAUUACAACGAUCUUCCAGCUUUAACGUUCUUUGUGGUUGCAAAUGCUGUUGUAAGUGGCUACCUAAUCUUAACUCUACCUUUAGCAUUUGUCCACAUUGUCAAGAACAAGACUGAGAACAGUAGAAUACUUCUUAUCAUUCUUGAUGUGGCAAUGGUGGGUCUUCUAGCUUCGGGAGCAGCCUCAGCAGCAGAUAUUGUCUACUUGGCGCACAAUGGGAACAAUAACACAAACUGGUUCGCUGUUUGUCAGCAGUUCAACUCCUUCUGUGAGCGUAUCUCAGGGUCUUUGAUUGGAUCUUUCAUCGCCGUUGUCCUCCUCAUUCUUCUCAUUAUUCUAUCAGCUAUUGCUAUUUCUCGACGCCAUUGA